AUGGCCCAACAGUUGACACAAAUGAUGGCAUCACUCGAGACCACAGAUGGCUGUGAAGACAGACAACAGCCAAAGAUUUACGCGAAGAACUCAAUGGACAGAUUCGGUGAUGAUUUGUGUCAACUUCUGUUGUCUUACCUGUCAUUUGAAGAUCGGUUUCAAUGCGAAAGUGUGUCCAAACAGUUCCGGAGGACAGUCUUCGAGAGUGUUGUUUGCAUUGAAAUCAACGACCGAUUUAUGCGACAAAUCCUGAAAACAACAUUCACUGAAACGUUGGCCACAAUUGCCAUAAAGUGUUUGAAGAUUGAGAUCAUUGACUGUCAGACAAUAAGAGCUGAAUAUUACGAACUCAUUCCCGAAGUGUUGGCCAUAUUUCGACACAAUUGCCAACAUUUGAGGGAAAUUUACUGCAAUUUUUGGCAAAAUUGUGAGCAAACAAUGCCUACAAUCGGACCACUGGUCACACGAAUCCGUGUUAUCGACACUCAAUCACUCAUUCAUUGCCACCGAUUGUCUCAUUUGAAUGUCAUUCGUUUGCGUAAAGUCUUCGACACUUCCGGAGAACUAAUGGCAAAGAAUUUAAAUACAUUUGUGUUAUUUUUCUAUUUAGCCGAUGAUUACCACCGAUUGUCUGCAUUUGUGGCACACAAUCAGUGCCUCAAAUGUCUUGACGUUAUGUGCAAAAUGCGUAUAUCUGAAGACCCACUGACCGGACUGUCGGCACAGUUGUCACGAUUAACACAAUUACGGCAAUUGAGACUUGUGUUGAACAUAACCGGCGCUCAAACCUCAUUCACCGACUCUUUGCGCACAAUUGGUGUGAAUUGCAAACAAUUGCAACGAUUGUCACUUCAGUUGUCUCACACCGAUAGCCAUGGAUUCGAUCGCAAGACAUUGGAUUCGUUGCGAUUUUAUCACCGAUUAAAACGAUUAGAUUUAAGAUUAUAUGUGAUCGUCGGUGAGAUAGUAUUGGAUUCAUUGAGUGAUUGCAAGAGACUAAAGCAUUUAGAGCUCUAUAUAAUCAAAAUGACAGCAAAUGUGUUGAAAGAUUUGCACAUAAAGUGUCCGCGACUUCAAUACCUAUUCAUUCAUGACUUUAAUAACAUUAUAGACACCGAGUGUUUGUCUCACAUCUCAAGACUACCGGCGCUGCAAAUGCUUGUCAUCGAGAGUUGGGAUGAAAGCACUAAUCUCUCGGAUAUUGAUUUCAAUGAUUUGUUGUCGAGAAGUCCUAAACUCAAGAACAUUAAAACAUAUCAAUCUUAUGUCUGGAAAUUUUAUUGCCGUCAAAACAAUUGA